GACUGCGUUUGGACGCCGAGAAAAAGAUGGCGUCAAAUGACAACGUAUGGAAAUAUCAGAAAUUAAAAGGAGUUUGCAUGAUUUCCGGAUAGUUUUUUAAUUAAUUAAAGGUGUUAAAUAGUGAGUAUAACGUAUUAGUUUGUUGCGGGUGUGCGCGUUUUUUUUCUUUAUAUUGCGGUUUAAUUGAAAGUGAGGCCCGCGUUUUCGGUUCGUAUCUCGGGUUUCGGUAAAAAUUUAUGUCAGUGGAGUCUCGCAAUCACACAAAGGGUUAUCGCAUUUUUUUCAUCGUAAACACGUUUCGGGGGCCCAAACAGCUGCACUAAAAACGGGGGAUAGACGAAAUGGGUACGUAGCGGUAAAUGGCAAAAAAAAGGGAUCCGUUUCAUUUGUUGUUUCUUGACGUAUAAAUAAUCCGUCUCUGAUCUGUCUCUGAUGUGGUGUGACGACGUAGAGAGACAUUGCAAAAUUACAUCAAUGAGAUUAAUCGAUGAGAAUGACAUCGAGGUGCAGCUGAACGCCGUCAAUAUUAAGGAGGACGACCACCAUCACCAUCAUUGUUACCAUACUCGGAGCGCUUCAUCAUCGGGUAGAGUCAUUUACGGGACCACCACUACCAAUACCAUUGCAGAGCCACCGGCCCCUUCUCAUACGAAUGUUAUCUGGGUACAAAACCCGUGGACCCAACUGACCAGCGAUAAGAGCGAGAUGCCCGCCGCCACAAUAGGCAGUUCGCAACAUCCCAAUAAUGAAGAGUGUGGCAUCAGGGACGUUUGGGCUCAUAAUUUGGAAGAUGAAUUUCGUACCAUUAGACAGAUUGUACAAAAGUAUCCAUACGUCGCGAUGGACACGGAAUUUCCUGGUGUCGUAGCGAGGCCAAUUGGCGAGUUUCGAAGUACAGCGGACUAUCAAUACCAAUUGUUACGGUGCAACGUCGAUCUCUUAAGGAUAAUACAAUUGGGGCUCACGUUUCUAGAUGAAAACGGCAAAACUCCAGGCGGUUCGUAUACAACGUGGCAGUUCAACUUUAAAUUCAAUUUAUCAGAGGACAUGUAUGCACAGGAUAGUAUCGAGUUGCUACAAAAUUCCGGGAUACAAUUUAAAAAACACGAAGAAGAAGGAAUCGAACCGUUGGAUUUUGCGGAGUUGUUAAUGUCAUCCGGUAUCGUGUUAAUGGAUAACAUCAAGUGGUUGUCGUUUCAUUCCGGGUACGAUUUCGGAUACCUUAUCAAACUGUUAACGGACAACAACCUUCCACAGGACGAGUCGGAGUUUUUUGAACUUUUAAAACUUUAUUUUCCAACAAUAUAUGAUGUUAAGUACUUGAUGAAAUCGUGUAAAAACUUGAAAGGUGGUUUACAAGAAGUUGCCGAACAAUUGGAUUUGGAAAGGAUAGGACCUCAACAUCAAGCCGGAUCCGAUUCUCUUUUAACUGGAAUGGCUUUUUUUAAAAUGAAGGAAGUAAGUUGUUUGAUAACUUUAAAACCCUUUAACACAUGUUUUUAUACACAUUUGGAAAGAUUCUCUAAAAUAAACCUAAACACGAUUUUAUUAAUUAAUAGAUUUAACAGCAAUUAAAAAUCAGUUUAAAUA